AUGGCCAACCAUCCACUGAGCCUCUCAGCCGACCCUGCCAUGCUUCUCCUCAGCCACUCUGCCGCUGCCGCCGAUCCUGCCGACGAGGACAACAACAAUACCCCCACACUCGCCCAUAUGCCCGCCCUGCCCAGCACCCUCAGCGCCGACCAUCAGCUCUUACCCUGGCUGACACCCCUGCCCACCAACUCAUCCUCCGCCUCCUCCGCCUCAUCAUCAUCCUCCUCCUCCGCCUCCUCCGACUCGCUCUCGUCACCCUCCUCCUCCUCCUCCUCCUCUCCAUCGCUCUGUCGCCAUCAUACGCUCGACCCGCUAGAACCCGAAAUCCCGGCCUGCUUCGCCUCAUCCUCUCUCUGUCUAUCCACCCCUGCCUCCAACCCGUCGUCUACUCGUGACCCUCUCAAAACUACCCGGCCCAUCUUCCUCCUCCCCGGCCCAGCCCUCAACCAUCCCCACCUCAACCUAGCCUCCCCCCAAGCCCUCAACCCCCCGCCGAACUUCGCCAUCGUCGCCCCAGGAAUCUUCCGCUCAAGCUUCCCCAAACCCGAACACUUUCAAUUCUUGGCUCAACUCAAACUACGGACAAUCUUAACUUUGGUUCAGGAACCUUACCCUCUAGAACUCGUAAAACAUUACGAAUCAGUCGGGAUUAAACUUAUUCAAUAUGCCAUACCAGGAAACAAAGAACCGUUUGUACAUAUCCCCGAAGACAAGAUCAGAUUGGCGCUGCGUCAAGUCUUAGACGUCCGGAACCACCCGAUGUUGAUUCACUGCAACAAAGGAAAACACCGGACAGGUUGUUUAGUGGGCUGUCUCCGGAAACUGCAGCAUUGGUCGUCGACGGCAAUCUUUGACGAGUACCGGCGCUACGCGUUCCCCAAGUCGCGCAACAUGGACCAGCAGUUCAUCGAGCUCUUCGACCAUUCUCCUGUUUGGGAGGAGGUUGAUCCCGACUUCGCGCCCGAGUGGCUCGACUUGUCUAUGUGA